UCCUGCUGCAGUCACUUCUCAUCUGGCCAACAUGAGCUUCACGGUAGAUCACCACCUCUUCGGUCCGACCUCGUACCGCAAGGCUCGGCCUGCCUCCGUGUCCUCCAGCGGCUUCCACUCCCAGCGCCGCCGCCUGACCUACAGCCAGCCCUCCACCGCGGACAGCUUGGAUACCUUCAACGGCGACAUGACACGGAGGAACGAGAAAGAGAUCCUGCAGACUCUGAACGACAGGUUCGCCGGCUACAUCGACAAGGUGCGCAACUUGGAGAUGCACAACCGCAACUUGGAGGCGGAAGCGGCGGCUCUGCGGCAAAGCCAGGCCGGACGCGCCACGGUCGGGGAGCACUACGAGCGAGAGCUGGUCGACCUGAGGGGUCUCCUGCAGCAGCUGACCGGGGAGAAGGCCCGUGCGGCUCUAGAGCACGAGCACCUGGAGGAGGACAUCCAGCACCUGCGGGUCAGGCUGGAGGAUGAGGCGCGAAACCGGGAGGAGUUGGAGGCUGCUGCGCGCACCAUGAAGAAGUACGUUGAGGAGUGCCGGCUGGCGAGGAUGGAGCUGGACAAGAAGCUCAGCGCGCUGGAGGAGGAGGCCGCUUUUCUGAAGAAGAACCACGAGGAAGAGGUGGCCGAGCUCCUCGAGCAGAUUCAAGGCGCCCAGGUGAGCUUUGACAUGCGAGACACGCUCAAGGUGGACGUCACCGGCGCCUUGCGAGAGAUCCGCGCGCAGCUGGACGGUCACGCAACCAAGUCCUCAACGCACGCGGAGGAAUGGUUUAAAGUGCGUAUGGAGCGUCUGUCCGAAGCUGCUCGGUCCAACCAGAAUGCAAUUCGUGGAAGCCAGGAGGAGAUCGCAGAGUACCGCCGUCAGCUCCAGAGCCGCACUAUUGAACUGGAGACUCUUCGGGGAACCAAGGAGUCACUGGAGAGGCAGCGUAUAGAGUGUGAAGACAGACACCAUGAUGACCUCAACUCACUACAGGAGACCAUCAAUCAGCUGGACAAUGAGCUGAAAACCACCAAAUGGGAGAUGGCCAGCCAGCUGAAGGACUAUCAGGAGCUGCUGAAUGUGAAAAUGGCUUUAGAUAUUGAGAUUGCUGCUUAUAGGAAAUUGCUGGAAGGAGAGGAGAAUCGCUUCGUGUCAGGAGGAGGUCCAUACUCUUACUUUGAAGGCAGAAUCUCCUCCCACUUGAAGGUAAAAGGAGAGGAGAUCUCAGAUACAGUCAUUGUGGAGGAACAGACAGAUGAGACCCAGGUGACAGAGGUGACAGAGGAGGCAGAUGAGGAGGAAGAGGAGGGAGAGAAAGAAGAAGAGGAAGGAGAGGAG